GGCUAUUGGUAAGAACGCACGAAAAUUUGUUAAUUUUUGUGGACUAAUAGUAAGAAGCAACGCGAAGUUGAGCGUUGAGACAUGGAAUAAGAUGGACGAAGCUGGAAUUGAAAAGUUAUUUGAAUUGGUGGAGGAGAAAUUCACUAGCAGUGAUAAACAAGAACUUAGAGAUCUUAUGUGGAUCAAAAUGAACUCAGCUCAUUCAUCUUGGCAAUACCGCGAGCGUAAAAACUUUCUUGGUCUUUCCGAUAACGAAAGGGAUGGUUAUGUUCCUGAAGGUGUUGAUGCUGAGGAUUGGGUGCAAGCUGUUCAAUAUUGGGCUUCUGAUGACUUCAAAAAAAUGAGUAAGAGGAAUAAGCAAAACAGAGGAAAGGUGGAAGGGAAAAAU